GCCCUAUCUCACACCGACCAAUCAGCUAUGUAAUCCAUAUUGAGACAUACGCAAAUCCCGGAACCGAACAUUUGGAAAACAAACUCGUAGAGCAAACGUGGAAUCAUAAAAUUGUUUGUGCUUUAAAUACAAGUUGCCGUACAGCCAUGGGUAUUAAACACAUCAAGGUUAUUGGGCUGCUUUCUCUGACAUACUGUGUCAUCUCUUUAAGUGCUGCUGGUUCACACCAGAAACAAUCUGCUCUUACAGUAGUGGAAAAUAAUGAACAGGAAGAGGAGAAAAGUGAGGCAACAGUGGAGGAUGAACAGGACUCCGAAGACCUUGAAGUAUUUUAUCCAACUGAUCAGUGGCAGACAGUCAGACCAGGUCAGGCUGUUCCUGCAGGGUUGCAUAUAAGAUUAAAUCUGCAGACAGGAGAAAAAGAAGCCAAGAUUCCAGAUGAUGAAAAGGAAAGUUUAAGUAAUAUGAAAUAUUGGAAACAAGGAAAAAGGCAUGGCAUAAUGAACACGGAUGCCAAAUCCUUUACAGCACAGGAGCUAAAGAAAGCUCUCAAAAAAUUCAAACAGGAGACUGUGCCUUCAGCAGAUGAAGAAAAGCUCAGAAAAGAAAAAGUCAAACAAGUCUUCCGUCCUAUUGAAGAAAUAAAGAAGGAAUUUAAGGACUUAAAUAUGCUUAUCGAAACUGAUUAUGAAAUAAUUAAAAAAAUAGUUGAUAAAUUUAACAGUUCCAGCUCUACUCUUGAUGAGAAGAUUGAAGCACUUAAGAAUCUGGAGUACUACGUGCAUCAGGUGGACAAUGCACAGGACUUGGUUUCACUUGGAGGGUUCCAUCUAGUAAUUAAUGCACUGAACAGCACAGAGCCCAUAUUGAAAGAGCACGCAGCGUUUGUGUUAGGAUCUGCAGUCUCCAGCAACCCUAAAGUUCAGAUUGAAGCAGUCGAUGGAGGAGCGUUGCAGAAACUCCUGGUGCUUCUGGCUACUGAACAGUCUGUGGCCAUAAAAAAGAAGGCUCUGUUUGCCUUGUCUUCUAUACUGCGACAUUUUCCAUAUGCCCAGGAAAAAUUUCUCAAGAUGGGCGGCCUACAAAUACUUGGGCAGCUUUUCCAGACAAAAGGAAUGGAACAGCUGCGUGUGCGUGCUGUGACACUCUUGUAUGAUCUGCUGAUGGAAAAGAUGCUGCUGCAUUCAACAGAAGCUGACAGUAAACAGAUGAAAGAGAAAAUUUCACAGUAUAACCAAGUAAAUCUGUUGCCGGUCAUGUUAGAACAAGGCUGGUGCACGCUAAUAUCGCACCUUCUCACUGCUCCUGAGCAUGACACCCGAGAAAAGGUACUGAAAACAGUAGACAUUAUUGCACUAUCCUGCAAGGAGGAGUUUAAUAAAGACCCUGUUUUCAAUACUACCAUGUUUCGUCUUAAAUCGGAAUAUGAGACACUUGCAACAGCAGAACAUAAUGCGGGAGAAGAGGAUACUUACUUUAUGGAAAUUCUCAGCACAAUAGAAAAUAUAAUGCAACAAUUAAACAUGGUUAACAGCAGCAGUGUCUUUGGGUUACAGUGACAGGCGUAUGUAGUAAAUACGACUGAUAUUCACUUUUGCCUUCCUUGAUAAGAAUGUAGUAGAACCAGGCAACGUUACUUAGCUGGAUGAACCAGCACUGCUGUCCUUAUAUUGAUGCAAAGCUGGACUAUUACUGUAGGAACAGUGUUGCUGCUUUACUAUCACUCAUUGGAAGAGGAUUUCUUUCUGUAUCAUGUAAGACCUGUGAAAUUAACAUUUGUAAACACAUUUAUUAACAACAUUUAUGUUUAGUUGUAUUUAAAGGAGGAAACAAAUGGGUAUAUAAACCUAAAGAGGUGUUCUGCUGAAGUUCUAUUAGAAUUUAUUUCCAUUUUUAUUCUUUGAAAAUUGAUUUCUUUCUUUCAUGCCUGAUGUAUUUAUAUUCCUUUCAUGUCCUGUGUAACAUAGUAUGAUUAAAAGGAGAUGUACAGAUUGAUUGAGGAAAGGUCAUCACAUUUUGGUAUAAAAAUUAAUUAAAAACUAUCUCCUGUAUUAAGUAAUAUAUUUGAAAAAUUAAAUAGUAGAUACAA